AUGGGAUUGUUCCGACCCAAUCGGUCAGCCGUUACGAGCAAAGGAACCACACAGUCUCGGGACUAUGAACCAAGAAACCUGACGACAACCAACGGACUAAUUGGAUCAAAAAGGUCACCGAAUCAACCAAUCAAGGGAACAAAGUCACACCAAAAAGCAAGAAGAAAACGGCCGAAUCACAACAGAACAACCUUCACAGGAGACCAACUGAAUGUGCCCAACGGACCAAGCAGACACAGGAGAUUGAGACCCCGUCAGAUUCACAGGAGACCAACCAAACUAUGCAAAGACCGUUUCCAGAACUACCAGAUACUGUUUAGAAGCUAUAUAAUCACAGGCAGAAGAGAAGGAAUUCACCCACUCAACCCUGCACUGACGAUGUCACCUCGAUCGGUGAUGAAACCUUGUCAAUUGGCUUGCAAACGUUUCGUCACCAUACGAGGAGACAUCAUCAUCAGUGUGCAGUUGGUGACCAAACGUUUGGAAAUCGAUUGGCAAGCUCGGCGAACUGAUCAACAGGCACCUGAUCAAAAGCCAAUAUGGUUUGAGUGCGAAUUUACUCAUCGGAACGUCCGUGGUCCAAACUUGACCUCUGCCUCUCGACUUUUCUUGUCUGGUCUUGGCCAUUCUGAAAGUACCUCAGCCCUCGUGCUUCCUUCGGGUGGCAUGGUAACUAAUCGCGGAACGAUUUACUUAUUUUUUGGGGCUUUCUCCCAAGCUAGCAUUCACGUCAAAACAACCACCAAAGGUGCACAAAGUUUAUUAGUGCCCAAAAUGAAGUCGGGAACAGUUGUACAGCGCUUCGUACAUAUAGCGUAG